UCCAUUGGCUUAACCAAAUGGUUGGUCAACAUGUAGAGCCAUGUUGCGGAACGUUUCCUUCUUUCUUAUCUUCUUCUACCUCCUACUUCUUCCUUGGCUUGAGAGAGGAGGGUGUCCCUUGACAUCAUGAGCGUAAACUGUUAUAGAACACCGGUGAACGGUAACGCUGUCAUCUCCAAUGGCAUUUGGGACGGCGGCAAUCCUUUGGACUUCUCGUUGCCUCUGUUAUCGGUGCAGCUCUUGCUGGUCGUCGCCGUCAGUCGCAUACUCCACUUUCUCCUCAAGCCUUUCAAACAGCCCAGGAUUGUUUCCGAAAUCAUGGGAGGUAUAAUCCUAGGACCGUCCGUGUUGUGCCGUAACAAAACCUUCAAGAAUACCAUCUUUCCUUCGAGAGGGCAGCCCGUGCUCGACAGCAUUGCUACGUUCGGCCUCAUGUUCGUCAUCUUCAUCAUCGGCGUCAAGAUGGAUCCUGCUUUGGUCGUCAGGUCCGGUCGGAAGUCGUUGGUCCUCGGCCUCUCCGGCCUUGUGCUCCCCUUCGCCAUCGCAACCCCUGUAUGCAUGCGCGCCGUGCCCUCCCUGAUCGAGGAUGUCGGCGAUAGGUUCGCAUUCACCUUCGCCCUCUCCAUCUCCUUCUCCAUGUCCUCGUUCGCCGUCCUCGUCCCCAUACUCUCCGAACUCCACCUUCUCAACUCCGAGCUGGGGCGGAUCGCCAUGUCGGCGUCCAUGACGAAUGACCUCGUCGGCUGGCUCGCCAUGUUGAUCUAUAUCGUCGUAGAUGCCAGCCGCGUCUCUCCAGCAGCACCCGUGUCGGCCUUCAUCUCCGUCAUUGCCUUGUUCGUCUUCAUCGUAUUUGUGGUCAGGCCAAUUGCGAUAUGGGUCGUCGACCACACGCCGCCGGGGAAGCCGGUCGACGAGGUCUACAUCUUUGUGUUCCUCUUGAUAGUGUUGUUGGUGGGGUUCUACAGUGACAUCAUCGGCACCAACUCUUUCCAUGGGGCUCUCGUGCUCGGGCUUGUGAUUCCGGACGGGCCGCCUCUGGGGUCGGCUCUGGUGGAGAAGAUAGAAGCUAUUGUCGAAGCGGUGCUGCUGCCGCUCUACUAUGCAUUGACGGGGCUGAACACGGAUUUCUCGACCCUGGGCAAUGUGGGUGGUUUGGGAAAGCUGCAGCUGGUCAUCUUCUUCGCGUGCAUGGGGAAGCUAGUCGGCAUUCUACUGCCUUCCCUCUACUUCAGGAUCCCCUUCCAGGAUGCCCUCUCGCUGAGCCUCUUUAUGAAUACCAAGGGGAUAGUUGAGGUGGUCACGUACCAUAUGUGGAAGGUUAAUAAGCUCGUCAAUGUAGAAAUCUACAGCUAUCUGAUGCUAUCCUCCGUCAUCAUCACCGCCGUCGUCACCCCCAUCGCCACCUAUCUCUACCAGCCCUCCCGCCGCUAUGCCGUGUACAAGCGUCGAACCAUUCAGCACCUCAAGCCAGAGUCGGAGCUCCGCUUUCUUGCCUGCAUCCAAGACCAGUCCCACGUCCCCAGCACCAUCAAUCUCCUCGAGGCCUCCUACGCCAGCCCGACUGCCCCCAUCGCCAUCUACGUCCUCCACCUCGUCGAGAUCGUCGGCCGCGCUGCCCCCCUCUUCAUCCCCCACAAUCUCCCCCGCUCCACCUCAUCCGUCUCCACCACCUCCAACGCCACCUCCGCCUCCACUUCCGCUCUCACCUCCACAGCCGCCUCCCCCGCCGUCGUCGCCAUCGCCACCCCCGAGUCCGACCAUAUCAUCAACGCCUUCCUCCUCCACGAGCAGCGCCACCACAACGCGGUCUCCGUCCACCCCUUCACCACCAUCUCCCCCUACUCCUCCAUGCACGACGAGGUCUGCCGCCUCGCCGUCGAGAAGCGCACCUCCCUCAUCAUCCUCCCCUUCCACAAGCGCCGCAUCAUUCGCGGCCAUGCCGAAGUAAACAACGGCCUUCGAACAGUCAACAGGAAAGUAUUAUCCACCGCGCCGUGCUCGGUGGGAAUUCUCAUCGACGGCCUGAUGGGAGGUGGCAUGUGCACUCUCUCCGGUGACUUCUUGCAUAAUGUCAUCGUGUUCUUCUUCGGCGGUGAGGACGACCGGGAGGCGCUGGCCUACGGAGCCCGCAUGGUGAACCAUCCCGGUGUUACGCUGACCAUAAUCCGAUUCCUGCCAAGCCGGAGCAUUAGAGAUGAUCAGGCUGAGAGGCGGCUGGACAUCCGGCUUCUCGACGAGGUGAAGCUAAUGAGUGCGAGGAAUAAGAGGGUGGUGUACAGGGAGGCACUUGUGGGGGAUAUGGAGGAGAUAGUUGAAGAAAUGAAGGCAUUGGAUGAGAGUUGUUAUGACUUGGUGAUGGUGGGGAUGCGGCACCGGUCGAACUCGGUGCUGUCGGAGGGGCUGUCGUCGUGGGGCGACUGCCCGGAGCUCGGGGUGGUGGGCGAUUUCCUCGUAUCGUUAGAAUUUGAGUCCAAGUUUUCGGUGCUGGUGGUGAAGCAGCAGGACCAGGCCUGGACGUUGCACCAGGAUGCCGGGGACGUCAAGGCUUUCCUGGUUGAAGAAGAAAGGUUUUACCCAGCAGGUUGAGUCCAUGGUAGCCGGCUGGUAUUCUGCAAGAUUUGUAUGGUCCCUUGGACUGCUCUUGCACUUCUCCAGCAUAAUUAAUCAGUUUUACUU